AUGCUCCUAUUUCUCAGUAUUGCUUCGGUGCUUGCAAAGUUCGCAGGCUUUGCGGGACCACUUUUUGCCCUUUUCCCUGGCCCAGCUAGCCCCACCAACACAUACCAUUGUUUCCGGGGACCGGGACCGAUCGGCUGUAGAGUUUGUUUUGGUGAGUGAAAACAUCAUAGCAACCAUUGGUGAUCAACAAAUUGUUCAUUUGUCUGAAAAUGUGAUUGAGUGAUUGUGUGCGUGUGUGUGUGUGUGUGAUGUAGCCGUUGUAGCUGGUGUAGCUCCGUAUCAAUCAACGCACCUGUUUUGGGAUUCUACGCACCGUUUGCCGCAUCCAACGAGGACAUACGACUAAAAAUAGAUUCAACAUACCCGUACAGCGGAGCGCGUACCGUCACAGUGCCAUCGUCGCAACAAAUAAUGUGGUGCCUUAUUCGUUCGAAAAGAAAACGGCGAAAGUGAAUGGUCUCAUUCUGUUCAAACUGUUACCUUAACGAUUCCAGUGAGUGCAAAAGUCUGUGAUAGGUUGUAAUACAAACACAAAAGCUUUACAGAUUAACCUUAAAGCAUUAAAGCCUAGUGCCACAUCGAAUGCGUACGCGAUUUGUAGUGUGAAGAAGGCCGAAUGAUAUUUGAUAGAAUCCGAACCACGUGCAAACAGUAGGCAAAAUGUGUAAUUGCUGCAAAUGUAUUUUUAGUUGCUGGGAAGACUUUUAUUGGAACUGUAUCGAGGAGAAAUUCUGUUUCGAUGAAUCGUUGGUGAACUACGAUCCGGAUGAUGAUGAGCAUGCGGCUAAGAACAAGAACAAAAACGGAUACUACGGUAGCCCAGCCGGGGACUCCGGGGAGAAUAACAAUGCACCGAUCUGCCGACAGCCGGGUGUUUCGUCUGGGGCAAGCAUUACCCGUAACAUGUCGAUGAGUUCCAAAAUACACGAGGACGAUCUGCGCCGUGAAAUACAAACGAACGUGCCAAUGCUCGCACCGGAAGUGAUGGCCAUCUUUGCUAAUUCACAAAUUUUCCAGUCCAACGCACCACCGAAGCAGCAGUCGUCAAAGGCGACCUCACCGGCGUCGGUGAAGUUUGCCAUUUCCGAUUCCGGUUCACCGAUCGAGGUGACACCGGUGGCGACUACCGGCUCCGGCGACGGCCAGCGGUCCAUCAACGAGGAAGCCGCGUCGACCGAGGACGGUGGCGCCGGAGGCCGUGAGCUAAGCUCCGAUAAGCUGCUGCAGCGGCUCGAAGGUACCUCCAGCGGCAGCGUGUCGGACGAACGUGACAGCCGUGUCGUCGUUAUUCCAGCUAUCGUCGAGGAGGAAGAUACGUCCGACGAGCAGUCAAAGGAAUCGGAGGUUGUGCUACGACCGCCGCGCAACUUCUCCGAACUUAGCCUAUCGAAGUCGAUUCCAAACAACAAGACGAUUAGCCUUCUCCAAGCCGAAUUGCCAUACUUUUCGAUCCGUCCGGCCAGCGAGAACGACAUCUUUACGAUAUCGUCUGGGGCGGGUGGAGGUGGUGGCAGUGGUGGUAGUGGUGGUGCGGGCGGGGCUGGAGGUAGUACGUACAACUCCAUCAGCAUGACACCGGAAGUUCCGGCCAUCUCGUACUCGAACCUACCGAAGAACUACCUAGAGACGCCCGUCAUCGAGAAGUACCGGGAAUCGGUAAGUCUGUACUCGAUUCAAACGGCCGGUAUUAAUCGGCAGUCGCAGACGGACGAUCUAUCCAUGCCCCGGUACUAUGGAAAAUCGGACCUGUUUGUGUCGGGCAUCGAUCGAGCGAAUAGUCGAAGUGCGGAUGCGGUGGAGAUGGGCCGGUCGGAUGAUGGUUCGCUGUCGCUUAGUAGCAGCUCGCUGGCCAAGGGUCGCUCGCGGAAUGUGGAACGCAGCAAGCGGCUGAUGAAUCUGAGGACGGCAUUGCCACCGUUGAAUCUGGGACUCGUGCGCGGUAGUUCUGCGUCCAAUUUGCGCGAUAGGCGUGAAGAGCGGGAAUCGCGUGAUCGUGAAACGAAAUCGGCCAAAAUUAAGGAUGGUCUGCGUGUUUAAUGAACCAUUGCAGGAAUGGGCAGCAGCUACUUAAGCUAGGAAGAGGGGAGAACUAUGAGUGCCAAGUACAGUAUACCUGGACGGUGUUUCACCAUCCGUUAAAUGAUUGUUGCUAGAAGUUAGUUGUUUUAUUAUUUUUUUAAAAAUUUGUUUGUUGUCGGUGUUUUAGAGAAGGUGCAGAAGUUAAACUGCUCCGUUAUGAACUGUUCAAAUGGGGUUCCCCUUUUUUUGGGGGCGAGCGCGAACGAAUGAAUUCCACAGCUACAAUUGUAAGAUACAUUUCAUCAAAUGCUGGUAUUAAAUACUACAUAGGUUAUAUGAUUAAAAUGAGAAAACGAA